UCUUGUCCUUUUCUUGCCUGUGUUGUUUCCCUCCAGUGUUCUGUACCAGAGGUAACAGCAGGUAUUAAGUGUAGAUUGAGGUUAAUGCAGACUGAAGUGUCUGAUGUCUAAUAUGAAUGUCCUGAAGCAAGUUCUGUCACUGCAAGCCAUAAGCCUGCAUUUGACACAUGCCAUGGUCUUUUUAGCUACCCUGGCAGAAGGCUUAGAGCUGCCAUGUAGCUGUGGUCUGCAACUACUCUCCAAGGGUUGCUUUUCCUUCAGCAGAAAUGGCUCCAGCUCUGGCUUUUGUUUUGCAGAGCAAAAUAAAUGUACUCCAGCGUUAGCAGUAAAUUAUUGAAAGCUGGGAGUCUUGAAGGAAUGGGUUUUGGGAAUGGUGGUUUAAUUUGUGAAGAUAGGAGCAAGGUUGUGUUACAGCAGUGAAGCAGUGUGUUCUCAGUGCGCCAAUGUGCCACGGCAUGUGAAGGCAGAUCCCCGGUGAGCCUUGUCCCGGGUAGUAAGUCAGUGCUGUCCCCUGGGUUAGGCACCACCCCUGGGUGGGAGCGCUGGGCGCUGUCUCCCCGCCCCGCCUGGGGCGGGACGGGACUGAAAAGGAGCGGGCAGGGGAACGGGAGGCAGCAGCGACAGCGACACGAUGGGGCUGGAGCUGUACCUGGACCUGCGCUCGCAGCCCUGCCGGGCGCUCUACAUCUUCGCCCGGAGCAACAACAUCCCCUUCGAGUUCAAGCACGUGGAGCUGGCAAAGGGGGAGCACAGGACAGAGGAGUUCCGGAAGGUGAAUAUGCUGAUGAAGGUGCCUGCGCUUAGGGAUGGUUCUUUCACCUUAACAGAGAGCAUUGCAAUCCUCCUGUACCUGGUCCAUAAAUUCAAGACUCCUGAUCACUGGUACCCAUCUGACCUGCAAAAAAGGGCUAGGGUUGAUGAGUUCCUGUCCUGGCAGCACACCAGUGUUCGUGCGAAGGGGAGCAAGUUGUUCUUAACCAAGGUAAUGCUGCCUCUCAUCACAGGCCAAUCACUUCCUCCAGAGAAACUGGAAUUUAUUACUGGGGAGCUGAAUGUUACCCUGAAGCAGUUUGAGGAAAAGUUCUUGCAGGACAAGCCCUUCAUCGCAGGCAGCGAGGUCUCCCUGGCAGACCUUGUAGCACUGGUGGAGCUCAUGCAGCCUGUGUGUGCUGGUUACGACUUGUUUGAGGAGAGGCCAAAGUUAAAGGAGUGGCGCAGGCGGGUGGAGGAAGAUGUGGGGAAGGAGCUCUUCCAGGAAGCCCACCAAGACAUCAGGAACAUUAAGAACUUUACUGCUGAUCAGCUUGCACCUGAGUUGAAGGAGAAUUUCAAGCAGCAGCUCCUAAAGCAGUUUUAGAGGGUUAUGCUCUAAUAAAAUAGAUUGUUUUCUGAA